CCAACUUUCACGAACUUGCGUCCGCUUCAUGGGACCGCGAGGUUGACGGCCAAAACCGGCACGUGCAGAUGAUACAUGGAGGUGCAAUGGGGACACAGUUAGUCGGUAAAUCUUGAGCGGUUGCAUACUUACAACAACAACAACAACAGCAACAAAAAUCAUGACAACCCUUUCAAGGUUUAGUGGCUGCCCUCUGUCUUGCGUAAACCCUGGAGAGAGCAAUACUGAACCCAGUGUGGUGCUGCCACCUUUGGCAGGGGAGCACAUGGGGCACCCCACUGGCACUUCCUUAAAACUCUGCCCCUCGCACAAUUUGCUAGACUACCCUGAUACCAGGGCCACCGCAUAUGUGGACCACUCGAUGCCUCACUUUCCAGACACGGGAUACACCAGCCAUCGCCUAGACGCCAGCCCUAGGGGCAUUAUCAUUGGGACAAAUCUGUCAGGACCAGGCAUGCCACCAGUCACAGACCAGCUGGCACCAAGACCUAACCAACAUGGCGCUAUUGGAAGGUACCGUGACCUCCAUGGCUACAGGGAUGGCCGAAGCCAUGCUUUCUUCACCACCUAUCCUGAGCAGGCCCACAGCUCUGUUGAUGCCAACCGAGACCUGAAUGGCCAGGUGAUGCUGGGGCUUCCAGGAGAUCUCAUCUCAAGGGCACAUCCAUACGGACAAACACACAGCGGCCCUCGGGUCAACAGCCAACAGCUUGUUACUCAGUUUUUGGGGCUGUAUAAGCCCCUGAACAUGGCCAUGCAGCGAGGAGGGGGCGAUGCAUUCCUCAGGUGCUCCAGACAGACUUUAACGCACGAGUUGGUGUGCAAGUGGAGUGACGGCCAAGAAGGCGCUGGCAAGCUGCCAUGUUCCAGGACUUUUGGGACUAUGUAUGAACUUGUCACUCAUGUGACGAUUGAGCAUGUCGGGGGACCUGAGCAUUCUGACUAUGUGUGCCACUGGGAGAAUUGUCCCAGGGACAGAAAACCAUUUAAAGCCAAGUACAAGCUGGUCAAUCACGUCAGAGUGCACACGGGAGAAAAACCCUUUCCCUGCCCCUUUCACGGAUGUGAAAAAGUUUUCGCCAGAUCCGAAAACCUCAAGAUUCACAAGAGAACCCACACAGGUGAGAAACCGUUCAAAUGCGAGUUCGAGGGCUGCAACCGGCGGUUUGCAAACAGCAGCGACCGGAAGAAGCAUUCACACGUCCACUCGAGCGACAAGCCGUACAUGUGCAAGGUCAGAGGCUGUGAGAAAUGUUACACGCACCCGAGCUCACUGCGCAAACACAUGAAGCUCCAUUGCAAGGCCGACACGGCCAAGCCGGGCGAGGACGGUGAACCUGAGUCUCCCGAGGUGGCGGGAGAGCAAGUCCCAUCAUCCCCUGCGGCGGUGACGCGACCCUUGCCGCCUGCCCCCUCUCAGGACUCCCCCGAGACUCUGAGGUCACGCUUUCAUCACACUUUUGACAGCAGUUUGGACUAUACGGCGCACAGGCCGCAGUCCCUUUUGGAUCCUCUGUUGCUCCACCGGGGCAGUUACAGAGGCGAAACUGCGCAGUACGCGUGUAGCCAAGCAAGUGCCACUUUUGCCCCUAGUCACAGGAAUUUUGCAUCAAAUUCACCUUUCCAAAAAAGCAUUGUAAACGGCUGGUACACGUGUCACAGCGGCGCCCAGCCUUUCUCGUCUAAGCCGUGUAACAGUGAUUAAAGAGUGUUCAUAAUGGCGGCAUGGAGAGGUAAUGAAGAGAGCACAGGACAUGUUGUGUAAUUUAAACUUUUCAUUUUGAAACGAUUUUUGAAUUUUCUCGAUACAUUUCUCGAUGUCUGGAUGUCCUAUUUAUGAUUUGGCUAAACAGUUUAUGGCUGAGAGCUGAUGUUAUUGUCCUGGUGAUAUUCUUUAACUGAAAAUAUGCUAUAAAAUACAUUGUGCUGGUGAGAUUCCUUACCUGAAAAUACACUUACGACCAACAUACAAUUCAUUGGUCAUCCGUGUAUGUUUCUGUAUAUAGAAAUGAUAAAAUAAAAAAUACAUAACUACAUAAUUUGAACACAUUUUAAUCAGAGACAGGAUCAUGUGGGAAGAUGCUGAGGCCUACAAUAAGAACAUUUUACUCUUUUAAUUCUGUGUUUUCGGAAUCAUCUUUGGUAACACAGGUGCUUGCUUGUAGACCCCACCAAUGUCAAUUAACGCACAUUUCCAAGGGAAAGAAAUAUUAUUGUCCUAAACUCCAAGUGGCUGAGUUUUUGCUUUCUUGUUGCGAGAAUAUUCAGCUUGUGUUCAUUUUCAGAGAUGAGAAGCUGUAUACUACCACAAGGC